AUGCAUGUACCUCUCGAGCUUGUUUGUCACGAGAGAAAGAUCACUCAGCCACCCGGCUUCGCCUGGAGACCAGCUUCAGCCACAACCUAUCCCGGAUUUGAGGCUCUACCCGUUCCAGCGAAACAACGCAGUCUACGACGAAAGACCGUAGUCUCAUCUGAGCCUUAUGAAACCAUUCAGCAACUCCCCUCCCCAGAACAGGCGAUGGCCUCAUUCGAGCACACGCCUCCGAACGACCAGGACUUCCAGCUCCACACAUGGCUGCGAUUAAGGAACACCAUCACAUAUCAGCUGUGUCUCAUCUGCUUGGUACCCCAGGCCUUCACCCAAGCCGGCUGCUCGAAUCACUCGCGCGUGUUUCCUCGAUUUGCGACCUUGGGAAAUCGACUGGCAGUAAGAACGACCAUGGAGACCGACGCCGUAGCAUAUCAAGCUGGAUAUCGGGCUGAGGCCGACAAUAUCAACGACUGCUAUCCCGCUGGCUGGAUAUCUUCAGGUGUCUCUUUGCGUCCCUGUCCAUUUGAAUGGGAACUCAAACUGGAUAGAUGCAUAGAGAAGUGCUUCCCAGUGGUUGCCAAUGGUAUGAUCAACUCCUCGAGUAUAGCCAUAACACCAUAUAUCCCCGUCGUUGUCAAUCUGCAGACAGGUUGCACAAGGUUGUCGUUCUCAUGGGUAUGCAGGAGGAUUGACAGUGAGCUGCAUCAGAUGUCGUUGACUACUAUCACGUGCCCGGCCUCUUUGACCAAACGGGAUAUUGCCGGAUCGAGACCCCAGGCCUUCCUAGGUACUUUGAAAAGCGACCAUGCAAACAUAAAACCUCCCAGGACGAGGGCCCUCAAAAGCCACAAAAGUAUCUUACUUGGCAAGUCUGCCUCGAAAAAGUGGCUUGACACUUCACACUUCCUUCAUAUGCGGUGUGAUAAGAGCUGCAUCCCUUAUUGGAAGUACCGCAUGAACCAACGAGCCAGGAUUCGCGGCACCGGCGGUGACAACGGCAAACGAGACAUCGACUGGAGGAAAAAAAAAUGUGGUACGGCUGACGUCGAGAAAGUCGAGCAAUGCGACCUGCGCAACUCCCCCUCCGAUUUGCUUGAUGGCGGGCCACUUGACUCGUCGUGGUGCGAGACAUUGGCAAUGGUACGCGGGGAUCUAGAACGUGGUGAGGGGAGACAAGCCGAGAAGCCAAAUGCAUCAUCCCAUGGUGUGAAGACAACGAGGGAUCAACACAUGAAUGGUGGUGUACGAGCCACACGAACCCGAGGCGGAGCUGUAUCGGAGACCGUCACCGCAAAUUCGUUCUGGGCGAGGAGGCCGAGAAUCAAGCUCGAAGCGGCCAACGGUAAACUCAGUCGGUCAGCGGGACAAACUCAGAAAUGCGGAAAGUCUCGCAAACAUCGGAUUAUUACCCUUUAUUCGAUGUUGCUGCGCUCAACUGUGGCCGGAACUCUGACUGACGGCAAGCCAUCUCAGCAAAAGGCGCGGACUCAUCUCAAAUGCCUCCUCUGGUUAAACUUGGCGGCCUCAUCGCUUUACUACGGUGAAAUGCCUGCACUUCUUCGUGUGUCUCAAUCUAGCCCCCACCUGCAUCAAACGAGAGACGGGUUUGUUUCACCUACGGGCUUCGUGGAUCAGCAAGCACCAGCUGAGCUACUGAUGGUACUGGCCCAUCUGAUCGAGCUCCGACGAACUGUGCAAUCGUGGCGACUGGAUGCGUGGGCUGAGACGAGAGGGGAGUUGAUAUACUCCGGCCGGUCCCGUUUGCAAGGCCCCGUGGGUCCGCAGUCCGGGACAGCGCUGUCAAAGCUGUAUCUAAUACUCGGGUGA